AUGGUCACAGAACAUGGAGAGUUUCGAUAUCCCCCUCGACAGGCCGAGCAUGUCAUCCCCGGUCGUCGCAGAGUCCCUCAUCCUUUACGACUCGAUCCUCUGAGAAUCCAUCCCCCCGACAUUCGACCUUCUACUGCCGGUGGCAUUCCCCGGUCACAGUCGCCUCUUCUCCCUCCGGUUCCCCAUCCUCCUCGAAAAGAAUCUGCAUAUACCCGCCCGGACGAUCCGUUCCUGCGCCCGCUCUCACCGCAGAUCGGCCUCGGUGAUGACUUUGUUCUGCGACGACCACCAUAUCGCAGUCCGACCUUCCCCCGAUCGCCCUCCCCGAAUCUCCCGCCGUACGAAGAUGAUUUCCGCCGUCCGAAUUACCGAAGAGGCCCUCCCCCGGGACGGCCCGGGUUGCGAAUCUCCAUGUCCACCUCCCAGAUGAACAGCAGACGCCCGAGGGCGCAUCAUCCCCACGAUCGCCGUCCAAAUCCAAAUGAUUCUCCGUCCCGAGGACUGGCCUUGCCCCGCUUCAAUGGGAAUGGGUCUCCUGAUGCCUAUGGGGACGAUGCGUUUCGGUCGAGCAUCAAUUCCGCCAUAACGUCGCGGUCGAGCAUAGAGCACGCGAGCGGAACGGAGCGGAGCAGUGUCCUGACGAAAAGUAGCUCCAUUACCGAUCUGUCGCCGGAUACACCCGAUGGCCCGGACGACAAGGAUGGCGGGAUGAGCGUCGAGGAUGCCAUCGCCAUGUACCUAGACGGUUUCAGCGAUGUGACGGAGGAGCCAGCCUCUCCAGGCCUCGGGGACGAGAGCAAAUUGAGACCGAUCAGUCCCCGUCCGCCGACAGAUCUGACCUUCGACCACGGACAUAGCUCUGAUGAGCAAUCGCCUGAUCUGAUCCCAUCUGAUCACCUCCCACCAGUGCCGCAACAUCUCCCGGAUCUGAAUCCCGUCGACGGGAAGCUCCAGGAUGAGCCGGUUUUAGGGGAAACGAGCGACGAGGCGCAGCCUCCGGAAGAGUGUCUUGCUCCGAAGUCGCCGGGUCGAUGUUCGGCUAUUGAACAUGUCGAGAAGAAGGUUCUCCUCCCUGGUGUGGUACCGCCUCCGUUGAUGCCGGGAAACGACCUUCGGGACCGCUACGGAUUCCGCAAAGUCACCCACUAUGUGACUCUGGCACAGUACGAAGCGUGGAAUGGACCUUAUGCGGAGUUGGUGGCGAAUCGGCGAAACAAGUGGAUGGAGUUGCUGAAGGAGAACGGCCUUCCCACCAAGGAUCCGACCGUGUUUCCGCCAAGGACGAACAAGGUGAAACGCUUUGUGCGCAAAGGCAUCCCAUCUGAGUUCCGCGGGGCCGCCUGGUUCUGGUACGCGGGGGGAUACGACCUCCUCAAGCAGAAUCCGGGGCUGUACGACCGACUUGUCAAGCAAGCGAUGGAGUCCCCCAACAAUGAUGACAAGGAGCAUAUCGAGCGCGAUCUGCAUCGGACUUUUCCGGACAACCUGCACUUCAAGCCCGAGUCCGUCGAGCAGACCAUCUUGGAGGCUCGCUCCGGUAGCAGCAAUCCCAAGUACACCUCCGUCACGGUGGAGACGCAGAUGAUCCAGUCCCUGCGGCGGGUUCUGUACGCCUUUGCCCUGCACAACCCGAAAGUGGGCUACACGCAAUCCCUCAACUUCAUCACCGGCAUGCUCCUCCUCUUUCUCCCCGAGGAGAAAGCGUUUUGGAUGCUGCACAUUGUGACUUCGGUCUAUCUCCCGGGUACGCACGAGAUCAGCCUGGAAGGCGCCAACAUCGAUCUGUGGAUUCUCAUGGUCCUGCUGAAGGAGUCGCUACCGCACAUCUACAACAAAAUUUCGGGGACGGGGGGCCGGUCUAAGAGCCCCGCGUUGACGGUGGACUCUCGGCUUCCGGACAUCACUUUGGGCCUCACCAACUGGCUCAUGUCGGUCUUCAUCGGCAGCCUCCCGCUGGAGACCACGCUGCGGGUGUGGGAUGUGUUUUUCUACGAAGGAUCGAAGACGUUCUUCCGCGUGUCGCUGGCCAUCUUCAAGGCUAGCGAAAAGGAUAUUCUAGCCGUGUCCGACCCCAUGGAAGUGUUCCAAGUGGUGCAGACGGUCCCGAAAAAGCUGUUAGAUGCCAAUGCGCUGUUGGAUGAUUCCUUCGUCCGACGACACCGCGUCGGACAAGGGCGGAUCGAGGAGUUACGAGCGUCGCGGCGGGCAGCGGUGCGGCAGGAGAAGCUGCGACGGUCCCUGGCCAUCAGCAAGGGUCAACUCCAAGCUGCCACGGAUGAGUGGCCGACCACACGGUCCCGCGCUCCGAUUCCUGGACUGGAGCGCAGUCUGGCGGAUUCCUGGCGGCACAUGAAGCAGCACGCUUUUCGAUGA